GGGUGGGCGUGGGGAGGGAAUCAAGGAAAGAGGAGAGACCGGUGCAGAGACUGGCAAAUGAAGCGCGGGAAAGAGAGGAUGGAGAAGAGGAGGAAGAGGAGGAUCAAGGAGAGGGACCCCAGAGGGCGGGCUGGCGGUGACGGAGGCGGUCCCGAGAUUUGAUCAUGGCUGGAUCCAGAAGUGAGCCAGGUUGCCCUGAAGUGGAGGUCGCCCCAAAUCGGCAAGCACUUUCUUGCAAGUAGAAGGUCCACUUUUUUAAAAAAAACAACAACAAUCAAAUGCUAAUCCAUUGGUUCCAACAGAAAUUGGCCAACUGACUUGUUGCCUGAGCAUGACAUAAUGGAUUGAAAGAGACCAACUGGCUCAAAGUCACCCAGCCGGCUUUCAUAUCUAAGGGCGUGUGUGUGUUGAGUAGGUGUACUAGCCAAUGCAUCAGCCAUAUCACAAGGAACAAGUCCAACUUGUUUUAAGGGGAAGAUAUUUGACGGAAAAGUCUGCAAGCUCAUUUCCUGGAGGAGACUGGGUUUUUCAUCUGCGCUGAAGAGAUCCAAUCUUCCAUAGAGCCAACAAAUUAGUAUCCUCCCACAAUGGCAGAAGCUCACCAGGCUGUGGCAUUUCAAUUUACUGUCUCUCCAGAGGGUAUAGACCUUCAGCUGAGCCAUGCAGCUAUCAAGGAGAUUUACCUUUCAGGCCUGCGUUCCUGGAAGAAGAAAUUCAACCAAAUACGGAAUGGUUUUGUGACAGGUGUGUAUCCCGCCAGCCCCUCCAGUUGGUUAUUUAUGGUUACAGCCAUCCUAGUAACCCAGUUCUCUCGUCUUGACCCUUCCAUGGGCAUGAUUGACAAAAUAAAGGAACAUCUGCCGGUCAGCAAUUAUCUGUCAGAUCAGGGCCUGAAUGUCCUCAGUGUCCUGGCCUUUUCCACAGGACUAUGGCUGGCUCUCAUUAUGACCAUGCGUAGCAUUCUUAAGAUGUUGCUAUGCUAUCAUGGAUGGAUGUAUGAGGAGCAUGGUCGGAUAUCCAUCACCACAAAGAUCUGGUUGGCUUUGGUGAAAAUCUUCUCUGGUCGUAAACCCAUGUUGUAUAGCUAUCAGGCCUCACUGCCUCGGUUGCCUGUUCCAGCUAUUAAGGAUACAAUGCGGAGGUAUUUGGAAUCCAUACGACCUCUGACAACUGAUGCAGAAUUCCAUCGAAUGACAGGUCUUGUCCGUGACUUUGAACGGACUCUUGGACCACAUCUGCAAUGGUAUCUCACACUGAAAUCUUGGUGGGCACCCAACUCUGUAAGUGAUUGGUGGGAAGAAUAUGUGUAUCUCCGUGGGAGGAGCCCCCUGAUGGUAAAUAGCAACUAUUAUGGCAUGGAUUUCCUUUAUGUUACACCUACUCCAAUCCAAGCUGCUCGUGCUGGGAAUCUUGUUUAUGCCAUGCUGCAGUACCGACGCAAACUCAUACGAGAGGAAAUCAAACCUAGCAUGCUCCCUAAUUCCUUCAUCCCCCUCUGUUCGGCCCAGUGGCAGCGCCUCUUCAACAGCACCCGGUUGCCCGGAAUGGGGCAGGAUAAAAUCCAACAUCUACAAGACAGUGAUCACAUUGCAGUAUACCAUGCAGGACGCUUAUUUCGAGUAUCGUUGUAUUACAAGGGGAGGCUGCUGGAGCCUUGUGAACUUCAGGCACAGUUUGAAGCUAUCCUUUGUGACCCUACACCCCCUCUGCCUGGGGAGGAGAAAUUGCCUUCAAUGACCGCAGGUGAAAGAGAUUCCUGGGCCAGGGCCCGCCACACCUACUUCCAGUCUGGGAUUAACAAGCAGUCCCUGAAUAUCAUUGAGAAAGCUGCUUUCUUUCUCACUCUUGACACAAGUGAACAGGGCCUGCUAGGGCCCAAUCCAGGUCAGGCGUUGGACAUCUAUGCAAAAUCCUUGCUACACGGACAUUGCUGUGACAGGUGGUUUGACAAAUCUUUCAACCUGAUUGUUUACCGCAACGGGAAAGCCGGAAUCAAUGCAGAACACUCAUGGGCAGAUGCACCUAUUGUUGGACAUCUUUGGGAGUACACCCUUGCCACAGAUUCAUUCCAGCUAGGAUAUGAUGAUGAUGGAAACUGCAAAGGCAAGAUGGAUCCCAAUGUCCCUCCACCCCAAAAACUGGAGUGGGAAAUAUCGCCAGAGUGCCAAGAGGUGAUCUUGCGGUCCUUUAUUUUGGCCCAUGCUUUGGCCAGUGACGUUGAUUUUCACGUCUUUACCUUUAAGGACUUUGGCAAAGGCCACAUCAAGAAGUGCCGCACUAGCCCAGAUGCCUUCAUCCAGCUUGCCCUUCAACUAGCACAUUUUCGGGACAUGAACAAGUUCUGUCUCACUUAUGAAGCAUCUAUGACUCGUCUUUUCCGGGAAGGCCGAACAGAAACAGUCCGUUCCUGCACCAUUGAAUCUUGCAACUUUGUGAAGGCAGUGAUGGAUCCUCAUCAAACUGAUAAUUCAAGAUUACGCCUCUUCCGAGUAGCAGCUGAGAAACACCAGAAUCUUUAUCGGGAAGCCAUGAUAGGGUCUGGCAUCGAUAGGCAUCUUUUCUGCCUCUAUGUUGUCUCAAAAUACCUUGGCCUGGAUUCUCCUUUCCUGCGUGAGGUAUUAUCUGAACCAUGGAGACUCUCUACUAGUCAGACUCCCAUUCAACAGAUCGAACUAUUUGACCUUCAGAAUAAUCCUGACUAUGUUUCUUGUGGUGGUGGAUUUGGACCGGUUGAUGAUAAUGGAUAUGGAGUAUCUUACAUCAUUGUCGGUGAAGAUCUCAUCAAUUUCCACGUGUCAUGCAAAUUCUCCGGCCAAGGGACAGAUGCACACCGUUUUGGGUUUAAUAUCCGGAAAGCCAUGAAUGACAUCUUGAUCCUUUUCCAAGUGAACAAACUGGCCCAGGCCACAGUUGGCCAGUGACUGAAUAAAUGCCAGCAAGAUUGUACAGUGGCAGAGGUGGAUCACAAAGGAGAAACAGCAUGGGUCUGGGAGUCAGGUAAGGAAAGAAAGGCAAUUUCUGGGGGGAGCAAGGAUUUAUUUCUUUACUUGUUCUGAGGCUGCUGCCUGCUCAACCAUGUUGCUCUUGCCAAUGGCCCGACCACCCACUUCAGCACCCUCUCUUCCGGAGUCUUCAGUGAUCCACCUGCUGCUUUGGUGGCUCUGUAAGCCUACAGAGCCACCAAAGCUGUAGCUGAAUGGGGAGGUGAGGGGGGGAACCUGCCCUACUUAUUCCACAGCCAUUUUUGGCCAAGCUGCAUUGCAGCAGCAUUGGGCACAAUAUGCAAGGCAGCAAAUAGCUGCAUCGUGCCGAAAUCGGCCAUUUGCUGCCUCCUGCCCAAUGCCGCUACAAUGAAGCUGUAGAACAAGCCAGGCAGCGGUAAGAAACCGGUAUACUGGUUCGUUACUUCCGCCCGGCUUGUUCCGCAGCCUCAUGGCAGAGGCAUUGGGUGCGAUGUGUGAGGCGGCAAAUGGCCAUGGCCAGCAGCAAACAGCCACAUUGCACUGAAACUGGCCAUUUGCUGCCUCGCACAUCACGCCCAAUGCCACUGCCAUAAGGCCACAGAACAAGCCGGAUGGCAGUAAGAAACCUGUAUACCUAUUCCUUACCUCCGCCCGGCUUGUUCCGCAGCCUUAUGGCAGCGGCAUUGGAUGUGAAGUGUGAGGCGGCAAAUGGCACAUCGCAUCAAAACUGGCCAUUUGCAGCCUUGCGCAUCACAUCCAAUGCCGUUGCCAUGAGGCCGCGGAACAAGCUGGGCAGAGGUAAGGAACCAAUAUACCAGAUCCCCCCUCCCCUAUUCUGCUUGCUGCUGGAGGGCUGGCCCAGUAUUCUCAGUGGGCUGCGGAGCCUCAGAAUGUGCUGGUCAAGGGGCCAGCAGGCUGUCUCUGCUGAUGGACACAGUUGGCUCCCAUGCACUCGCUGUAUGUGCGGGCCAAUGGUGUCAGGCAGCAGCUGCUCAACCCCUGCCUCGCCUUGCCUUGCUCUGCGGCAAUGGCACCCCUGCCCCUGCCUUGCCUCAGCCCGCAGGACGAGCCUCCUGCCCAUCGUCCCACCCGCCAGAGACCCCCCUGGAUCUCCCCCAACUCUACCUAACCCCCACAGGCAUCCCUCCCCACAAGCAAGAUCAAGGUGGGCCGUGGCGUGCCACGGCCACCCAGUCUGCCAUGACAACCACAGCCACGCCCAACCAAUGGACCACUCCCACCCAAUUCGCCACCCCCCACCCGGCACCCAACGAUACAUAAGUGGGUUUUGGGUUGCAGUUUGGGCACUCGGUCUCUAAAAGGUUUACUAUCACUGUUCUAUAAUAUAUGAAAUACCACAGAUCUCUAGGCAAAUAAGAGUUCUUAUUCAUCCUGCCCACAUUUCUUAUUUCCUAAAGAUCUGAUGGGGAAGAUUGCUAACCAAGACUUGUUUGUGGAUGAAGAAUUUUUGCUGGAUUAGAACUGAAAAGUUGGAAGAUUAGCUCAUCAUGGUUUCUGCUUCAAGCUCCCACAUGGAUAUUCUGAAGCUGUGCCUCCUCAGCCAUCCGCAGUCAGUUUCUCCCUGUGCUCCAGCCAUUUCAGUGGUUGGUUGCCUGCUUAUUCCAUGCUUCACAUAUGAAGGACUCAGUCCCUGUGGCUGUGAUGAUUAUUGUAUCCUUAUAAAAUGCUUGAGAUAGGAUGAUGGGUAAUAUUUUUGAGAACUGAGUUCCUCAUUCCCACCCUUUAAUGCCUAAGGUAAUAGGAAAUGAAAUAAAUUCAGUGUAGGGGAAAGGAAUCUUAAUCUCUCUUAGCAUUAUAAAUAUUAAUAAAACUCUAUAUAGAGUGGGAAUUCUUGCCAAAAAUGUUUGCUUUUGGUUAACUGAAAGGUUGGAAAGUGACAGGGAGCACAUCUGAAAACCAAGAGGUUUUGAAGGGAGCCCUCAGCUGCAGAAUGCUUAAUACUGCCUCUUUUAAAUGUCCUUUUAUCAGAUAUUUAGCAAGUAGUUUUGGCUACCAUCCUUUUGUAUAAUUUCUGCAACUGUCAUUUGGAAUCUUCACUGAAGGCUAUUUUUUGUAAAUAUAACGGCUUAAUUAUGGAACAUACAAGAAAAAAUAUUAGGAAAAGUAUAUAGAAAAAAUGGGGCACUGCCAUACUGCAGUUAGAAAGGUAGAUGGUGUUAGGCCCACGUAUUCAGACUUACUAUUUCAUGCAACUUCCAAAAAAUAGCUUUUGCACUUCAAUCUUCUGAAAACUCAAAGCAAGAUGGAGUUUUUUCAGAUCUUUAGUGUGUUGAAUGCAAAUUUUUUUGAUUGGGGCAGUGCUUGGCAUUUGGAUGGCAUGUUGCAUGGCAUACUUGUUUAAGGUGGGUGAUCUUACAGUAGUGCUUCUGUUUGUGCAUGAGCCUCCAAUGCUGUUCCAGAUCCUGUUUCCACUGAUCAGAGCAAUUGGACAUUGGAAAAAGGAGAGAAAAGAAAGGCCUACAGAGCUCAUUAUCCCAUUGGGAUGUCAAGCCAAGCAAAUAAUAUGUGCAAUACUUAUAAUCAUGAUGCUGUGGGUCACAAAGCAAACAAGGUCAGCAGUUUGUCCUAAGAGAGCAAAGUACCACAGGGAAAAGCAUCCUGCAUUCUCCCAGGGCUGCCUCUGCAGGAUUCAACUGUCCCCUGAUGCCUUGAGUGCACUGGGUCACAAGACACGGUCUAGCUCUAACCUGUGACUGUAGCAAAUGAUGUAGCAAGCAAAAUCAUAGAAAAAAGUACUAAAGGAUAGAUUUGGAUAUGAUGAUCUAAUUACUCAGUGGUAAUGUUUGAAGCUGAGAAUCAUUGGAUCCUGCAGAUCUGACAAUCCUUACAAGGGCUGGCUAAUAAAUAGAUAGCAAAAACAUCAGGUCCCCUCCCACCCCACUAUCCCAAUAGAUAUUUUGUAAAAAAAAAAAAAAAAAAGAUAAAACCAUUUGCCAAUGAGAAUCCAAAGCAACAUGAUUGUGCAUAUGUGUAAAGCCCAGUCCCUGUGUUUCUGGAAAUUUGAAGGUUAUACUGUGAAAUAGACUAAGAGAAGGAAGCUUUCAUUUACAAUAUAAUCAACUACAAGAAAAUAGGUUUUUUUUUAAAAAAAAAAACACUAUAGUACAGUUUAGAUCUUAAUGCAGGGUUGAGCAACUAUUAAGCAGCUGAAAGAUGAGAAAGAUGCACUUUUAGUUUAUAUUUUGGAUGAUUUAUGAGCUACCAUAGACAGAGAAAUGGCAGUGGAUAUCAAAUAGGAUGUGAGAACUGAGUUUAUUUUUUAAAUGACUCACACCUUUUAGCUUCACUCCCUGUCCCCAGAACAGCAGAUACAGGGAGACCUCAACUGACAACCAUAAUUGGGACUGUCCAUCACUAAGUGAGGCAGUCAUUGAGGUGCACCUGAUAUUAUGAUAUUUUAUGCCUUCACAUGAUUUCCAUUCUCUAGGAUACUGCAACUGUCCUAAAUACAUGCUGAUUGCAAAGCACCCAGUUUUGAUCACAUAACCACAGGGAUGCACAAUGGUUUGUAAGUGCAAAGAUGAUAGUAAAUCACUUUUUUUAGCACUGUCAUAACUGAAUGGUAGCUGAAUGAACCCAAGUACCUAUAACUUACAUAUUUCUGACAUUUGGUAGGUAAUUAUAGUCAACAUCAACAAGUAGGAUUCCUAGUACACAUUUAUCUCUUAGGAAGGGAAAUACCUGGAACUACCAAUUUGGUAUCUUUGCUUUACUGGUGUUAACUUGUGGGCUAUCAAGAGACUCAUUAUAGUUCAGUUUGAUUUGCAAUAGCUUAUGCUCAGCUUUUUACCCAGUAAAACUUUUGCAAGAAAGACUGCUAGCUUAGUUACAAGGCUGCACAAGGAUAUAAAAUGAUUAAACAAAUAAUGCCUGCCCCAGGCAAAUGCUGGUGUUCUCUUGACAAUUUCAGCUACAUGUCACAAAAAGCUGGAAGGGAAAGAAAGAGCAAAACUAAAUUUAUCUUCGCACACAAUUUUAUUUAGAAACUCCUUAGUGAUUCUUCUUCCUUUUCUUCUACCCUAUUGUUUCUCAGGCUCCCACCUUAUUUCCCUUUACAGGAAUACCUGGGUAGUGACAGAUCAAUUACAGAGUACUUUUAAAAUUAGGACACAAGCUGGAAAUUGUCUGUCAUAUAACUACCAAGAGACUAGGAUACUAUGUCCGGGGAAUAAAUAACAAUGCAAAAGUGAUGGAUUUCUAUAUAUGCAAAAGAUGUGUUUAUAAAUAAAAUAGAACAAAACUGACACUAAACUUUCAGUGAACUUUACAAGAAGAAUAAAAACUUGAAACAGA